UCAAGGUGAGCCUUGUCUUGCCGAGAAAGAGCGGAUCAAGCGAUCAAUUGAACAAACACGAAAGAUAAAUACAGCGAACAAGUUGCAUCGAGAACUUCAGAAGCUCGUCACAAGUGUGUUUUCUCUGUGCGUGAAAUCACUUGACUGCGAACGCGAUAACACCUGCUAAUCCCAUUUAUUCCUUGGGAUAGUGCGAGAUCUCUGACGCGUGAAAGCGCGACCCCAAGUGACAGGACAGAAAUGUCCAGCGACAUGGAGGACUCUACGCAACUGACCGAUCUAAGCGAUCAUCGAUCUCAGCAUCACCAUCGGCAUCACUAUCACCAUCAUCGGGGUAGGACGCCCGUGGGCGAGAUCGGCGACGACGAGUGCAGCACCGACAGCGGCUGCAGCAGCAGCAGCGGUAGCACCGGAAGUGGCAAACGUCUAUUUCGUCACGGCAGCGGUGAACGUCUGUGCAGGUCCAACCGAUCUCCUAGAACUCACUGGAACUUGGAACGACUGCGGGAACGAGCGACCCGGUCCCAGGAGCGGCUCAGUAGCAGCGUGCAAAGAUCGUCGGAACGCACUCUGAGCCCAGAAGACGUCAAGAGUCUCUCCCGCGGUGGUGUUUCACCCUCGUCCUACUCGUCCAGCCCCUCGGACGCUCACAGCAGCAGCGACAGCGAUUCUCUCAGACCUUCUACGACAGAGACUCUGCGCCGGGCGUUCCAGAGUCUCAAGAUCACCUCGUCCAAGUGGAACAAGGAGAAGAAGCACGCCAAGAAGAGCCCCAAGAGAAUCCUGCGCAGCCCGGUACCCUAUAUGUAUGUCCGUGGAUUGUCCGGUUUGCCGACUCAGAGGGUCCCCCGAAACUCAGGUCUUCAAUAGCAGAUGAUGAAGGCUUGCUCCUGUCAGGAUCUGGUCGAGCUCUAUCGAUAGAUCGAGAAGCAUUGGGAAAACUACAGGACCAAGACAGUCUGCCAGGGAAGAAAGCAGGAGGAGAAGGUUAAGCAUAAUAUAUGCGAUCGAUUGUCGCGAUCGCCUCGAUCGCCUCUUUGCGAUAACAUAUCUCUUCAUUGCGUACUUUGUCAACAGUUUUUACGAAUUUUCGUAUGCAACGCGCGGACUCUUGCUAAAGUUUCACGUCUCUUUUCUAAUUCAUCAUUCGUGAUCAACGAAUUAAGAGACGCUCUCUCUUCAAUCAGAUGCUUUUGUUCUCAAGUAAUCUAAGUCAAACAUAAUGACGGCUCGAUCAGAUCAGUCGGUCGUCGAGACAGAAGAUGAGAAAGCACAAAAAAAUGUCAAAUUCAAGGGAUAGGAUAAUUGAAUUAAAUAAACACGCGUAUGAGUACGUUAAGUACAGAUGAUCCUCAAUACUAGGAGCGCAAAGUUAUUCGAAUCAGGAAAUAGUGAGCAUAAAAGGAACUAUUGCACUCAGCAUUCAGUACUAUUUAUUAUCGUCCAUUAUAUUAUUAGUUGGGAAUCGAAGGAUUACAGAAAGAAACCUCCAUAUAUUGAGGAUCAUUUGCGCGAGGACACUCUGAUACUUUUGCAACAUCUUUAUACCGAAAUCUUUGCUGUAUCAAAUGUUGUAGGAUGUUUAAAAAGCCAAGAUACUUUUCAUUGUCUCACAUAUAUGCACACGUAUAAUUAUAGUAACAUUUUAACUGAUUAAUGAUACCUUUUUCGAGUCGGACUAAUGUUCCCUGAGUAUGGAGGAUACUUAGAGUACGAGUAUGCAGACUGAUAGAUUUAAUGUACUGAGAGAUUUAAUGUGUUUAAUCUGUCAUUUAUCAGCAAAACUAUAUAGGAUUUCACUUCAAUCUUAUGCUACUUAUCCUUACUGCAACUUCCAUUAAAAUAGUUUACUCGGAAAUCAUUUCGAGACGAAUGACUCUAACGAAAAAUGUAACAAAUUAUAAUAUAAUAAUAAUAACACGAGUGGUUUGAAAAGUCCGUGCAAAAAUGAAAACUGCUUAAUUUUUUGGGCUAAAUCUUUUUUAUUUUUCAACGUAGUCUCCUUUAAGGCUUAUACACUUCGUCCAACGCUGCUUUAGUUUGUUGAUCCUUUCCGAAUAACAGGUCCAACUCUGCAAAAGGCUAUCGUUACCGCAAUCACUUCCUCGUAUGAAUAAAAUCUCCUUUCCGCCAGCCAUUUUCUUAAUAACGGGAAACAAGUAGUAAUUCGAGGGAGCCAAAUGUAGAAGAAUAGGGGGGAUACGGAACGAGGAGUUGGAACCUUAAUCAAUUUUGCGGCUAAAUUCUCUCUUAUCCAUUUUUUUUGGAAAUCACUCGACUUCUUUGAUUCAACAAACGCAGAGAAACACAGAGAAAUAGACCGAUCUGGCUGAAACUUGAUGUGUGUUCUUCCAAGAGAUACUACUAACUGAAAAUAACUUCGAUGCACAUCAGUGAUGCCAUUUCUUUGACUUUGCACGGAUUUUUCAAACCACUCUCGUAGUGAUGAUAUUAUUAAGUGAUAAUAUUAUUAAGAGAGGAAAAGAAAGAGAAGAGAGAGAAAUAUAGCAAAAAAGAGAGAGAAAUAUAGCAAAAAGGAUGUUCAAUUAUUUGAUACGACUCUCAGGUGCAUUCUAACGGGUCUCUAAGACUUUAAUUAAAUGUUGCGGCGAGAGUAGUACAUGUAUUCGAAGAUCGAAUGAAUGAUCAGCGAUUUUACUCCUUGAUUUAUAUUUCUCGUUUAUCCGUCGCCAACGACACGUUACUAUUUUUAUCGGCACUAAAGAGACAGGAUCCGUUAGAAUAGAAUGAUAGAAGUCAAUUAUAUCGACGCGCAUAGAGAGAGCAUAAAUAAAUCUCUCUGAUAUCAAACGAGUUUCAAAUAAAAUCAUGCAUAUUUUAUGGAGGAUUUCCAAAAUAGAUUUUCUUUUGUCGUUCUAAAAGUAAUUUGUGCCCCGUUAUACUUUUUACUCUAAUAAUACAACAAAUUCCAUUUAAAAUAAAACAUCUAAUUAAUAGCGAAAACAUUAAGUAAUUUAAAUAAAAGUAUUGAGUUAUUAAAUAAUUAAGAAGCUAAGAUUGAUGUCUCGAAACAUUAUUUCAGACCAAAAAUGAAGAAACUGCCCUUAAUGUCUCAUAGGAUAGCUCGAAUCAUCACAAAAAACAAUUUUUGCGCCGUAAAAAUAUCAGCUGCAGGGCGUUUUUGUCGCAUGCGACCCUAUCCCUAUAAAAAGAACAAAUCGUUCAUAUAGUGCAGUAUUAAGGAACAAGUAUCAAUAUUGUUUGUGUCGAGAAUAUGUGCAUUCAUACAUCGUGUAAAAAUUAAAAUCGAUGGCUCUCUCACUAUGUCCUGCAUAGAAAAUCAUAAGCGAAACAUAUGAUCAUUGACUCGCUGUUUAUUAGAAUCGUGCGUAAUUUUUAAAAGUAUUAACGAGCACAAUUGGCUUCGAUUACUCGUUAGAUCUAUUUAUUCAAAUCUUUGAAAAUCCGAAAUAUUAAUUAUUGAAU